AUGUCGAACGGAGACGGAGCAGUGCAAGUGAACGGCGACGGGGUCGGUGAGAUGCCGGCUGUCGAAUGGAUGAUGCUUCAUCACAUGGCCAUCAUUCUGCUUACCGUCGUCGGUAACUGCCUUCUAGUCUACGUGAUUCUGAAGAACAACGCCGUACGACGACGCAAACGAGUCACUCCAGUGCAGAUGCUGAUGUUGCAUAUGUGCGCCGCCGAUCUGCUGUUCGCUCUCAUAACCAUGGUGCCAACGAUGGCCAUCACGGCUACCGUGCCGGUUUUCUACGGGCCGGACCUGCUAUGCAGAUUCGUGAAGUUUCUUCAGGUCAUACCGAUGUAUGCGAGUUCCUUUCUACUCGUGGCAAUCAGCGCUGAUCGAUUCCAGGAAAGCUUCAGCACACCAGGUUUUCAGGCAAUCUGUCGCCCAUUUGCGUCGAUGAAGACGAACGCCUACAAGCGGCCAGCACUCUACGCCAGCAUUGCCUGGGCACUGGCGCUGCUCUUUUCGACGCCACAAUUCGGGUUAUUCGCCAAGAUCGAUGAUGACUGUGUUGGCACAUAUACGAGUGCUUAUCAGUAUGCCGUCUACGUGACUGUGUUCAAUACAGUCGUUUGGUUACUACCCAGCGCCCUUGCCGGUUAUCUGUACUCUCGCGUCUGUAAGGCAGUCUGGCAGAGCACGUCAUUCGGGAGCGGUUUUCACGCGAAUGGAAAAACCGAUCAACUUUCGCCGAUGUCAUCGUCAGCUGGUCAAGUCCAUCACAGAGGUGCGACGAUGCAAUGCGUGGAGCUGGACCGGCGGCGAGUACAGACGGUGAAGCUCACAUUGACGAUUGUCGCCGCUAAUUUCAUCCUGUGGGCGCCUUUCUGCAUCACUUCGGUCAUCGAUGCUCUCUGGCCGACAGCAAUCAAUCCAACCUUCGCCACUUACAUCAUGUUCUUCGGUAACCUGAACAGUUUCAUGAACCCAUGGAUUUGGUUCUAUUUCAAUCGAGCCCAGAUCAGACGGGCCCUGCCGUGUCGCCAAAGCAAGGACCCCCUGCUGUUCGUGAGUUUUGGGCUAUUUUCGCUUUCCGUCAACUACUACAUCAUCCUCAAAAUUGAAUUCUCAGUAAUCGCCGUACUAAGGACGGUUUCACCGACAAUUCGAUCGACUAUCAUACGACGCCUGACUCUUAAAGUUAAACGUCACGGAAGAGCUGAUGCUAUUGCGCCGCCGGAACUCCUCCUCACUCUACCGUAA